UCGACCACUGAGACGAUGACCGCAUUCAUGAGGAAUGCCAGGACCUCAACGAGAAGUCCAAACAAGGCAUGGAACACCUUCGCGCUGCUCUUAUUGUUGCUGGUAUUCUCACAAUUCAUAAAUAUCCAGACAGAUGAAAUUUACGUGGCGAAUUUGACGCCGCAAUGCAUGCGAUGUCUGUGCGUGGCAGCGACGAACUGUGAUUUGACUUUGGGAUGCAAAGCUGGUUACUGCGGGCCGUAUAAAAUCAGCAGGGUGUAUUGGAUUGAUGCAGGCAGGCAUGUCAUGGAUGAGGAUGAUCCUGAACGUGCCGGAGCUUUCCAAGAUUGUGCCAUUAAUUACCAAUGUGCACAGCGGAUGGUCAAAAAUUACAUGGCGAAAUAUGGCAGGGAUUGUAACGAUGAUGGAGUCACUGAUUGCACAGACUUUUCAAUGAUAAACUUCAAUGGUGGCUGGCAAUGCUCCCCGAGUUUAAUGCGGGAUUCCGCAGGACGAAACUGGACACUUAGAUACAACCGUUGUUUACCUUCAAUCUAACCCCAACCUUAAAAAAAUUAUAGAAUCGUAGAAUUAAAAAAAAAAACGCACAGUUUUAUAUAAUAUUUAGUCCGUUAUCCAUUUAUUUCUUGCACUCCGUGAUCCUCAUCUCACAUUCGAUAUUCAACACGUAACAGCUCAUAUACAAAAACGUACGCUUAUCAUUUUGGUAACACUUGCAUUUCCACGCGAAAAUCUUGCUGCGCAGCGCGCAAAAAUGUGUAAAUUUCGCACGGUUCGUCUAAAAUAGUUUGAAAUAGCAUUGGUAGCUUAUAACUCUCUUUAACUCUCUUAAAUUUUAUCGUCUCAAAGUUACAAAACUAAAAUUCUAUUCACAUUAGUAUAUUAUUUCAUCUUAUCGGGUAGUCAUAGUCAUUGUAGGUAGGUACAACUCGCGUACAACACUUACAUGCCUAUAUAAUUGCUAGGGUUUUGAAGUUUUAGUUUUCCACACAUUUGCACGUCCGUCACAGUUUACGUGUUGACAUCUUACCGAAAUCAUUACAUUACAUUACAUUACUUGCUUUCAUUGCCAGCUUUUUUGUUAAUCAUAACAAUUAAUUUAUUACGUCGUACUUAUUAGUUAUUGGAAUACUAUUAGAUGACUUAAGGUCUUACAUUAAUAUGUUUAGUUUUACGUUUGUUUUUUUCUCUUUUGUUAUUAGAAGAUUAUUGCCACAUUUUGCAUCUGCAAUAUUUCUUUGCUGUGUGUUGAUUUUGAAACGUGUUACAUUUAUACUGUCAACUGUAUACGAAUAGUAAUAGUGUGCCUCUAAUCGCCGCCGCCCGCAGUCUGUUGUCCAUUUUUUGGUUUUGAUUAUAUUCGUUAACAAUUAAUUAUUAUCAGUAGAUAUGUACGUUGCUACAGGCAUUGGGUUGUCCAUUGUCCACAUGGACACACAUCUGAGUGAAUUUUGAUUACAAUUGAUGAACGUCU